UCUUCAACUGUCGUGAAUGACGAAUCGGCAGUGGCGUCAAUUAGUGAAAUGAGCCGAGAAACACACACCAGCAGCAGCAAGCAGCACUUCGCAGAGUCUGUGAGUCAGACAAGCAGGUGAAAGAAGGAAACAGGACGCAGCUGCAGUUCGCAGAUCACGGUCAAAGCCGGCACAGAGACACGCUGUUUUAUAUCUGUCUUUCCUCUCACUCCGUCACACCUCCUGCCUGUUGCACACUUUGUCUGCAGUAGUGGUUCUGUCGCGCUACAAGCAUGGCUGCCAUCAAGGCUUUGGAGCAGUGGUGUAAAAUGCAAUGUGAGGGCUACAGAGAUGUGGCCAUCACCAACAUGACCACUUCAUUCAGGAACGGGUUGGCUUUUUGUGCGCUAAUACACAAGUACAGACCGGACCUGAUAGACUAUGACUCACUCAGAAAGGAGGAUGUGUUUGAGAACAACAGACUGGCUUUUCAGAUCGCAGAGGAGAAGCUGGGGAUCCCAGCUUUGUUAGAUGCAGAGGACAUGGUGGCUUUAAGGAUCCCAGACAGGCUGAGCAUUCUUACCUACGUCUCCCAGUACUACAACUACUUCAAAGGACGGCCUCCCAUGGGAGGUGUAAAAAGGCCAGCAGAGGGCUCCAAGGAGGAGCCAUCGGAGAAAAAAAACCUCCCAGUGGUUGCCAAAAGCUUUGUAUCUAAAACUGCCACUGAGAGUUGUUUACCUUCCACUCACACAGCUCAGACCUCACCCAAAUUGGCAAGAGCUUCUACUCAGAAGGUAGUUUUGGCUGAAAACCCCAACAAAAACGGGACUCUCAAUAGCAAAUGUGUUUCAUGCAAGGGCCAUGUUCAUCUUGUUCAGAGGCACUUUGUGGAAGGCAAGCUCUAUCACAGAAGCUGUUUCAAGUGUGGCGAGUGCGCCAGCGUACUCCAUGUAGGGGGUUACAAACCUGGGACGGAUCCAGACACUUUUAUCUGUAACUCCCACCAGAACACUUCCAAGACUUCCUCCUCUGAGGCUCUGAUCAAAAAUGGUCUCACCAGUUCAGCUGCGCGACCACUAAAUGAUGCCAGCCUAAAACGGCCUUCACCACACCCCCCUUCGGUGUUGUCAGCCCCACUGAAUAAUGUUUUGAAACCAGUUGCUCCUACUCCAACCUCCCAGUCCUGGACGGCCUCAGCCCAGAAGACACAGGCUGCCCGGCAGAAGUUUUUCCAGACUGUGCCACAAGUUACUGAAAUCUCCAAAGUCAACAACAGGAAGCCAACAGAGCAAUCAAGUGUUCAAGUAAGGCCAAAGGUCCCGACUGAUGAUGAUGAUGAUGAUCGAAAGAGCCAGUCGAGGGUAAUGGUUGGAAAAAAACUAGCAGAGCAAAACUACAACAAUAAUAACAAACGCCCAUUUACAAUCCGAUCGGCGGAUGAGAGAUGGUUUGGUGAUGAGCCAAGUUUAGCUGACAGCUCUGCUUUGAAAAAGGAUAAAUGCAGCCAAGCCUCAGCAGGAAACUACGCAGGACAGCCCUCCACCACUCAGGCAAACAAUAAGGAAUUGCCAUGUCUAAAGGCCAUCAAUAAAGACAACACAGGGCCAACAACUGUACACAAAACCACCAAAGAUCCAGUAUACCAUGAGUGGCAAAGAAAACCUGUUAAAACCGAACUCGGGCUAAAAGAUGCUGAACCUGAAGCUUUUACUGAAAAUCAUAAAGCUGAAUUCAUGUCCACACCUCCAUCUAAUGUCUCAAUUAGUCCAACAAGGCUUCCUCUGGCUCAAACACCUGCAGCACCAGGAGUUAGCUUUGCUCUGUUUGAUCCUGCGUGCUUUAGGGAAGUCAGUCCCCAGAAACCUCAGCCUGCCUCUGAAAUCCUAGAUUUUAAAUUUGGGAGUUGCUUGCCUGUGAAAUCCUCACCCAGACUGCCAGCUGUGAAAUCUAUUAGCUCUUCAACUACUUUUCCAGCCAAUCAUGGAAAUCCAUCAGCUGCUAAAAAGGGAAAGUAUUUGUCACCCACCAACGCCUCCAGGACUGAAAUGAGGUCACCCUCUGUAAGGUCUUAUCAUAUCCCAAUGGAGCAGAUUGAAAGGCAGCUGAAUGAUAUUGAGACAAACUUGGCUCAUUUGGAGAAGGAGGGUGUGGAGCUGGAACAGAAGCUUCGAAGCUGUGAGGAAGAUGGAGAAGGUGACAUCUUGAUGGACCCACUGAUGGUCGACUGGUUUAACCUCAUUCGAAAAAAACAAAUGUUCAUUAGGAAAGAAUCAGAGCUCAUUUACAUAGCCAGGACUCAAGAGUUGGAGCAGCAGCAGCCAGGUGUUGAGGGGGAACUUCGCAGGCUGCUCGAGAAGCCAGAUCAUUUAAAGUCCAGAGAGGAACAACGGCAGGAGAAGAAACUAAUGCAGAAAUUGAUGGAGAUCGUGGAUGGCAGAAACGCAAUUGUGGAUGGUCUCGACGAGGACAGGCUGAGGGAAGUGGAGGAAGAUCAGCAGUUGAAUAAAAUGAUGCAAAACCUUGGAGUGAAGAAAGCCAAAAAUGAAAGGAAAUCCUCAAUCUCAAAACUGUUCAGGCGAAGAAGUAAAAGACGCUUUGAAUGAUCCUAAAGGGGAUUAUUUGAUUUAUUUAUUUUUAUUUUUUACUAAAUUGUCAUUAUUUCUAUUGUAUUAAUAUUCCUUUUAAAAAUGUAACUUUUUUUAUGUAUAAUUUGUGCUCAUGGGAAAGAUAACAGAAGAGAUCUCAAAUUAGGAAGGAUGUACCAAGCCAUAUUUUGUCUAUACACCAUUUGAAGAAAAAAAAGAAAAAAAAAAUUGGUGCAAAUGUUUUUGUUUAGAAAAUCACUUUCAAUUCUUGGUUUGUUGCUACUCCACUGUUGUUCCACUGUUAAGGUUGUUCGUAUAGAAAAUUCUCAUUUUUCUGUUAAUAUAAUUUCAGUCUCACUAAAGUAAAAUGAAUAUCACAUUUGGGGAUAUACUAAUUUGUAUAGAUAUAUAUAUAUUCUUGGAAUAAAGUAACCAUUUUAAAAUCGCACAUGGUUUAAAAUAAAAGCAGCGUCGAAUCAACUGUCAUAAUGUCAAAAUGAUGAGGGAACACUGGCUCUUCCACAUGUGAAUAGGAGUGAGAAGGAUAAAUGUGUAAUCCUUUGCCAGUCUUGAGUCAAAAUGAAAUUAUUUCAGUAUUUAUUUAAUAAUGGAUUUUAACAAAUUUCCUGUAAGGAUAUUAGAGGGAGCCUUAACAAUUAACUUGAAUGGCUGUGGAGUGUAAAAUGGGGAGCCACACAUGUUGAACUGUUGGGCUGUAGUUCCUCUCUCAGACUGUACUGUAGGUGGCAGCCUGGGUAUGCUGUAUCACACGGCAAGAACUUGGAAAUCCUAUUUGCCACAGUACAGACAGUUAAUUUCUUUGCUAAUUUUAUAAAUGCUGCAAAAAUGUUCAGCUGUGCUGAUGCAAUAAUGUUAUGUGAAAGAGGAUUAGGAAGAGCAGUAGCUUAUGGCUGGCAAAGGCUUAUAAACUAUAGGAUGUAUUGAGCUCUUUAUCUUCAAACCUGGUUUAAUUAAACAUUACUCUUUACUAAUAUCUGCAUCAGAAUUGCUCCAUACCUGAGCUAUUAAAAUGUUGAAAUGACGUGCGAGGGCACUCAUCUGUGAAAAUGGCAUUUGCUGUGUUUGUAAGGAAUGCUCUGUAAUGUUGCAUUUUAGAAGUGUUAUUGAAAGGUGUGUGUAUGCGUUCUCCUAUUUAUAGUAUUUUAAAACUUGAAAUCUGUUGUCCAAUAAAUCCUUUGAAGAUUAGAA